AUGGACAAUCUUUUGCCCCCUGAGCAAUUGAUGAAACUCUUCUCCCAUCUGGAUGCCUUCACUUUGCUACAGGUUGCCCAAGUGAGCAAGAGCUGGAAUGCAGUUGCAAGCUGUGAUGUCCUGUGGAGGAAGUUCUGUCGGAAGAGAUGGCUCUUCUGUGACAAGGUCAACCUACAACUACUGGGCACGGAGACAUGGAAGCAGUUCUUCACUUCUCGAACAUGGCAAGAACAUACCAAGUCCCGGGCAAGGCCAGAAGAUUUUACUUACAAAGAAAUUCCUUCAGAGUUUGGAUUUUGGGCAUAUGCAUGUUAUAUCUCAGGGUGUGGCUUAACAAGAAAAGGACAAGGCAAGUCGGCUGUCUGUAUUGUGACUUCCAUGACCAAGAUUUCCACUUGGGAUAUUCAUAAGGGCGUUUUGACCUGGGUCAGCUCAGGACAUCCCGCUGUUAUCCAGCAUUUGACUACCCUCCCUGAGAUGCACAUUGCGGUGACUGUAGAUACAGAAUCAACUAUCAAACUGUGGGACUGUCAGAACAGGGACGCUCUGGCGACAAACAACCUGUUCUCUCCAUGCCAAUCACUGGAAGCUGUUGAUACCCAGGAUGGCGCAAUUGUCUUGGCAGGAGAUAGCUCGGGUCACCUCUGCAUCUUUAGGAUUCCUGAUUUACACCUCAUUUCCAUAGUCGAAGUUUUCCCUCACGGUAUUGAUGAACUCUGCUGCUCUCCUCAGAAGAAAUGGGUCUUUCUGAGGAAGAAAUACUCACCUAUCCUGCCAAAGGUGUUCUACAUGAGCAGUUUACUGAGGACAUCUGAAUUUCCUGCCCCUGUGUGUACCAUCCUCCAGUUUUCUUUAUGCCAAAGAGCCUUCUGGACCCCAAGAAGGGAGGACAGGAUAACCCUGAUGUCCAGAAUUGGCCCCCAAAAUUUUACAAAGUUGAUCACAUUUGAUAUGGAGCUGGAAAACAUUGGGACAAAAACAACUGUUAAAGGACAUUUGUUUUCAAGCUUCUCGUUGCCAGAAUAUGAGAAUCCAAAUUGGAUGGGAGUCAGUGAUAAGGAUGUGAUUGUUUGUUCAACUCUGUCCACUCUCCUGCUCUUCAGCAUGAACGGUCUCCGUCUGCAGACAUUUCAGUACUACUCAGAAGAGAUCUUGAGCCUGUGGGUGGACCCCAUUCAUGUCAUCGUCACCCUUCAUGAUGGCUCUUUGGAUGUGUAUGCAUGGGAGGAGAGAACCCCUCGGCUCAGGAGGUGUUAUCGGCUGCAAAACAGGAGAUAUCUGCCACCACAAAGCUUCAUUGAUAAAACACUAUGUGACAAUGUGAGCAUAAUUCAAGUGAUGACAAAUGGUUCUGCCCACAGCUUGGUGACGGCAUAUACCUUGAAUUCUGAUCUUGAAAACUGA